GUUUUCUUUUCUCUUGCUAUGCGAUCCAUAGAAACUAGAGUAGAGCAAAUUGUUCACGAUUCAACUCCGGCCCACUAUACCAGACGUUGGGUUUUGCCUUCUAUUUUACCUCUUGUUGUGUUAACUGGUCUUUAUGCUUACUUUGUUGCUGUCAUGUAUAUUUCAUGGGGUUGGAAAAGCAUUGCCCUGAGUAACUCCAUUGUGCCUGUUUUAUCUGUUGUUCUCGGUCUUUUGUUAGCUUUCAGAGCAAACACGUCUUAUGCUCGUUAUUAUGAAGGCCGACAAUUAUGGCAAGAUCUCUCCAGCAAUACCAGAAACUUGGCUCGUCUUGUUUGGUGCAGUAUUCCCGAGCGCACACAAAAUGAUCAUUUGGAAAAAAUGAGAUGCAUGAAACUCUUGCUUGCGUUUGCAGUAGCCACGAAACACUACCUUCGUCGUGAGUUAGGUAUUGAUUAUUAUGAUUUGGAUUACUUAUUACCACCCAACUGGAUUCCUGCUGCUGCUGAUGACCGAUUGUUUAUCAUUAAAGAUGAAAGUUCAGAUGAUGAAGGCAUUGUUGUAAGUACAUUGAAACAUAAUGGAACAAAAGCCUUGUUGGAUGUCAAUCAAGGUGGUGAUGACAUUCAUGAUAUUGAGAAUCAACCCUGCCCUUCUACUGGACCUUCUUCUUCUGCUGUCUCUACUAUUGAAAACAGUCACACGUCUACUAUCAACAAUGACGAGGAUGACCAUCAUCAACCACAAAAAAAGAAGAGAAAGUUUGUUUCUGAUGAAGAUUUACCUGAUGAAGGAAAUUCUGAUAUGUCCUUGCCUUUGGAAAUUAUCUUUCGCCUCAGUCUUUACAUGGAACAAGCAAAGCAAUCUGGCAAGAUUGAUGGUCAAUUCUCCAAUGUCAUCAUUACUCACUUGAACAACUUGAAUGACUGUUUAUCUGGUAUGGAGCGUAUUGUUAAUACACCUAUUCCUGCUGUCUAUGUGGUUCAUUUAAAACAAUCCGUCGUACUCUAUAUUUUAGCUAUACCAUUUACUCUGAUUGACCAACUUAAUUGGUGGAUUAUACCUACGCUUGUUUUAGCUGCCUUUGUUCUUUUUGGUAUUGAUGCCAUUGGUGCACAAAUCGAUAACCCAUUUGGCUACAACAGCAACGAUUUCCCCUUGAAUACCUUCUGUGAUGCCCUUCGAAAAGAAAUUGAAUUUAUUGUCUACCAUUUGCCUUGCGAAACAGAAAACGCCAUGAUGAUAUAAUAAAAGGACGCACAGACUAUAUGCAUUCUCGUUAUCGUGACUUUAUCUCUUAUUCAACCACAGAAAUUAAGCUUCUUUUUGGUUUGGCUCCGAUGUACUACAAUGCAUAUAUAUGUGUGUAUAUAUAUAUAGCAGAUCAACAAGCCAUCACCAGUCAAUGAACAUGGGAAUAAGAGUAUCGGGCAACCAGACCGCAAAGUGAAAUAAAGUUGGUCAAAGUGAUGGGGAUUGGCUUGAUUUUCUUAUCCGCCUUUCCCGAUAGUGGGGCCCAAAAAAGAUUUACCCAUGUCUUUUUAUUUGCCCUGGAAGAAACCAAUACCAAAUCAGGAUUCCCCCCCCCCUUUUUUUUCUCACAUAUCCAGCCUAUUCGCUACUUGAAAUAGUCAUUGACGCACGGAGUGAACACCGAUAAAUUAUCAUCCUUUUUUCUUCUUUUCUUUCGUCCUUUUUUUCGUUUUUGUUUUUUUUUUUUUU